GCACUCCAAGCGAUCUGCCAUAGCCCAACACUCGGACUGCUAGCAAUGUACAAUACGCACCACCCGGGACAUAGUGAACGAUAGACUAAUUCCAGACCAGGCAAUUAGAGUUUCCUGCACGCAGAACAGGGGUUUCGGAAGGGUCGCAGAACACUCAAGGGCGGACUAGACAUACACUGCACCCUGCGAGACGGUCUCCAUUUUCCCCAUGGUGCUUUGUGAGGUACCUAGGGGUGGCGGUGGAGGAUGUACCAAGGGUUGAUGCAAGGCAUCUCAGUGUGGCACCCUCACUCGCAUAUACCAGUGGCUCAGUAUCUCAAACACUAUAGCCGUCCUUAGUAGUGGCAUGUUCUACUGUAAAGUAAUGCAAUAUAACUCGUGGCAAUUG